UCCUGCCUCCUUGUUAGACACCAUUGGCUGCUGCCAAAAACAACCACUGGGCAGCCUGGAGCUCUGUAUAUAGUCCUUGGCUGUAGUAAUAGCUUCAUUUAAUUCAGUCCCGGCUAUUCACCAUCACCACAAGGGAAAGAUGCGAAAGUAAACCUAUGGUCUAUUUUAACUUGGUCUAUUCUCACCGCUCCGGGAAGAAGAGCGUAACAAGCUUACUGAAAAAAGAAACUGUUUCAAGUACCAGGGUAGCAUAAUAUACCUCAGCCGAGGACUGAAGACUGAAGAUCCAUUCUGCUUUAUAUGCCCAGCUAUCUGCAUAAGAUGCACCCUUGUACGCUUCCAGUUGUUUGGAUAGCAUGUCUGCUUCUUGGAGUUUAUUGUCAAGAAGCCCAAACACAGAGUUCAGAUGCCCCGCUGGCAAUCAACCAGGAGCAGGUCCAUCGUAUUGUGCAAAUGGACACCAUUGAGAUCGAUGCUGGACCUGCCGGACCUGCCAACCUAUCAGAUGACAAUGUUGGAAACAGGCCCUUUCGGCCCCGACCUCCGCCCUGUACCUCCCGGUCUAAAAUCAGACAUGCCUUCAAAUACGUCACAACCAUUUUGUCAUGUGUCAUAUUUCUCGUAGGAAUUGUAGGGAAUACUACACUUCUUAAAAUCAUAUACAAGAACAAAUGCAUGAGAAACGGUCCCAAUGUUCUCAUCGCUAGCCUGGCUUUGGGUGACUUAUUCUACAUCAUAAUCGCCAUUCCCAUCAAUGUCUACAAGCUGCUGGCUGAAAACUGGCCGUUUGGCGCGCAUGUGUGCAAGCUGGUUCCAUUUAUCCAGAAAGCAUCUGUUGGAGUUACAGUUUUGAGUCUAUGCGCUCUGAGUAUAGACAGGUACAGAGCGGUGGCUUCCUGGAAUCGGAUUCAGGGCAUUGGAAUCCCUGUAUGGAAGACAAUAGAAUUGACCCUGAUUUGGGCUGUGGCUAUCACCCUGGCUGUUCCAGAAGCGAUUGCGUUUGAUUUGAUUAAACUGGAAGACCGGGAACAAAUUAUGUGGGUCUGCAUGAUGCCAUUAAAGCAGUCAUCUUACUUUUUGACGUUAUAUCAAGAAGUGAAGGUAUGGUGGCUUUUUGGCUUCUAUUUCUGUCUGCCUUUAGCCUGCACCGGAGUAUUCUACACCAUGAUGUCAUGCGAGAUGCUGAACAUGAAAAACGGGAUGCGGAUAGCGCUGAAUGAUCAUAUGAAGCAGAGAAGAGAAGUUGCGAAGACGGUCUUCUGCUUAGUGGUGAUCUUCGCCCUCUGUUGGCUUCCUCUACAUGUGAGCAGCAUACUGAAGAAGACUGUGUAUGACGGCACUGAUCCCAACAGAUGUGAACUACUAAGCUUCUUUUUAGUCAUGAACUACAUUGGGAUAAAUAUGGCCUCAUUGAACUCCUGCAUUAAUCCCGUGGCUCUCUACUUUGUCAGCAGGAAAUUCAAGAACUGUUUUCGGUCCUGCCUCUGCUGCUGGUGUCACAGGCCAAGUAUUACCAUUACUCCAAUGGACGAGAGAGGCUCUGGUGGUAAAUGGAAAGCCAACGGGCAUGAUUUAGUCCUGGACAGAAGCAGUUCCCGUCUGACAAACAAGUACAGCUCUUCAUGAGCCCAGGAACCCGAGGAGAAGACGUAAAAAUGGGCCCUGUCAUAGCUGCGCCUUACAGCUUGGUCCAUUUAUCUGAUCUUUAAGGCCAGACCUAGCAAAGAUUUACCAAGAGGUGAUCACGAAAGUUUAUACUGGAGGGAAGUCCCUACAACCCAUCGCCACUUAGUAAUUCUUAACGAUGAUGACUUUACAUUAAACUGAGCUCGCUUGUGAGCUGCCUAACACUGCCACUUCAACACUUGUCAUUAUCUUUUCUUUUUAACUUUUGUUUACUUUUAGAAGGAAUUAUUCCUUUCUUUUUUUUUUUGAGUGACUGGGUCACCAAAAUAACAUGUUAACCAAAAUGGAUUGUUCAAUGUAGAUUUUGUUCAAACAGGGAUUGAAUUCCACAACUGAGCACUUACUUCAUCUUUUAUAUAGUUUGUAAAAAUAAAUAAA